GUGUGUGCAUGCAGUUAGUGCUUGAAAGAGUCGUGUUUCUCAUCGCUAGGGAAAAUUGCAUCGCGAAUUUUUAUCAGCUGAAAACUGAUAAGAAAUGACAACAAAGCUCGUUCGAUAAGGAGUCGAUGGUGAUCUAUAUUUCCUGAUAAUUAUAUCGCGAAACGAAUUCAACGAAGAAUGACAUCGAAUACCAAGCGCAGGCCAGAAGUUCCGCCUAGCAAAUAGGAAGUGCGUUUCGAUAGAGAGUGAAAAAAGUUGCAUAUGUUGCAUCGGUGAAAAUUUUUGACAACCGGAUUAUCACCGUGCAAAAAAUCAUCCGGGUGUGAUUGUUGACAAAGGGCACUGUAGGACAAAGGCCCCUAGGCAAGUGGAUUUCUGUAGGAUAAAUUCCCACCGUUGGCCUUGGUGCUAAGGAGGGAUGAAUGUGGAAUUACGCGACUUUGAAAUCAGUGACUCAGAAGCGGAAUUACUAAUCGAACCUUCGGGAGGUGGCCGGGUGAUAAGCCGAACUUACGGCGGACGUUCUUUGCGUAACCGGAGAAGAGAACCAUUCAAGCUGGGGAAUUUCCUGAAAAAGUUGUGCUGCUGCUGGUGCUGGGCCUGGCGAAAAUGGUGUGCUUCCAAGGAACUGAAACCGCGGACCAUCUUCAUCGGUCGUCCGUCGACGGAGAAAUUUCCGCCGAACGAGAUUCGGAAUCAAAAAUACAACAUCUUCACCUUUCUACCGUUGGUGCUGUUCGAGCAGUUCCGGUUCUUCUUAAAUCUGUACUUCCUGAUCAUGGCUGUGAGUCAAUUUAUUCCGGACAUUAGGAUCGGCUAUCUCUACACGUACUGGGGACCCCUGGGGUUCGUUCUGGCGGUAACGAUAAGUCGUGAAGCUAUCGACGACUUGCGACGACACAAACGAGACCGGGAAGUCAAUUCCCAGAAAUACAAACGGUUUGUCAGUGCUGACAAACCACCGGAAUUGGUGUCGUCGUCGAAGCUUAAAGUUGGCGACCUGAUUGUGGUGGAGAAGGAUGAACGAGUUCCGGCCGAUUUGAUACUGCUGCGAACUAGCGACAAAAGCGGCGCAGUUUUCGUCCGAACCGACAUGCUGGAUGGUGAAACGGAUUGGAAACUGCGCCUGGCUGUGCCGGCUACGCAAAAACUAGCAACGCAUAACGACUUGUUUAAUAUCGGCGCGUCACUGUAUGUGGAGAAACCCCAAAGGGACAUCCAUACCUUCAUCGGGACAUACUCGAAGAUUGAAGGCUCGGAAGACGAAGGCCUCAGUGUAGAAAACACUUUAUGGGCAAACACAGUGGUUGCGUCAGGAACUGCGGUAGGUAUCGUCAUCUACACUGGAGCGGAAACUCGAAGCGUAAUGAACAACUCACAACCUCGAUCAAAGGUCGGUCUACUUGAUCUGGAGAUCAACGGGCUUACCAAAGUGCUGUUCUGCGCAGUCAUUGGGCUGUCCUUCGCGAUGAUGUGCUUGAAAGGAUUCAAUGGGCCCUGGUAUCGGUACAUGUUCCGCUUCGUGCUACUGUUCUCGUACAUCAUUCCAAUCAGCUUGCGAGUCAAUUUGGACAUGGGAAAAGCGUUCUACUCUUAUCAGAUGCAGAAUGACGAGGACAUCAAAGGAACUGUGGUCCGCUCGACGACUAUUCCGGAAGAACUCGGGCGGAUAUCGUACUUGUUGACCGAUAAAACUGGGACCUUGACUCAAAAUGAGAUGAUAUUCAAAAAGAUUCACGUUGGAACGGCCGCUUACGGUAGAGACACAUUCCCGAUGGUGUCGGCAACCAUUCAAUCCGUAUACAAUACCAUAUCAGUGCAGGGAGAUACAUCACCCGCGAAAAGCUCCAAAUACCAGCCGCGAUUGAAGAAACCUGAAGGAUGGCGUAUUUGGGAAUCGGUCAAAGCUCUCGCCCUGUGUCACAAUGUGACUCCCGUCUACGACAAUGGAAACGGAGGCAACGGGUUGAACGGCUCAGAGCGCAGAAACUCUCCGUCUCGAUCGAUUUCAAUCGAAACCCAAGAAUCAGUCAAACUGCCGGAGAAGACCUACCAAGCUUCCAGCCCAGAUGAGAUUGCCCUGGUGAAAUGGACCGAAUCAGUUGGGCUUACGCUGAUUAAUAGAGAUUUGAAUCAGAUGACGCUACAGGUUCGAGAAAAGGAUUCACAGCGAAAUUCCAUGAACGAGAAUGCUUCAAUCAACACAACCGUCACUAAUUUGUCGGUUAACUCGAAAACUGAUCUGAAUUCACCUUCGAGUUCUGGGAGCAUCACGUCGCUGAAUUCUCUAGCCGGAGGUAUUAUGAAGUAUCAAAUACUCCAAACGUUCCCAUUCACCAGUGAGAACAAACGCAUGGGUAUUAUUGUUAAGGAACUGAACAGCGGAGAAAUCACUUUCUAUCUCAAGGGAGCGGACGUUGUGAUGUCAGCCAUUGUCCAAUACAAUGACUGGCUUGCAGAGGAGAGCGGAAACAUGGCACGGGAAGGUCUUCGAACGCUGGUCGUUGCCAAGAAAGUUCUCACCGAGGAACAGUACAGUGAUUUUGAGACACGGUAUAACGCAGCAAAGGUCAGUGUAACGGAUCGAGUGACGAAAGUUUCGGCUGUGAUUGAAAGUUUGGAACGAGAAAUGGAACUGCUUUGCUUGACUGGAGUCGAAGAUAGACUGCAAGACAGAGUUCGACCAACGUUGGAACUGCUACGGAAUGCGGGCAUCAAAAUCUGGAUGUUGACCGGGGAUAAACUGGAAACUGCCACCUGUAUCGCGAAGAGUUCGCAUCUGGUGGGAAGAAAUCAAAACAUCCACGUACUGAAAAGUGUCCUCACUCGCACAGAUGCUCACUUGGAGUUGAAUCAAUUCCGACGGAAGCAGGACUGUGCGCUGGUCGUCUCAGGCGAGAGUCUCGAAAUAUGCCUACAGUACUAUCAACCAGAGUUCAUGGAGCUGGCCACCGCUUGUCCCGCGGUGGUUUGUUGCCGGUGUAGUCCUACGCAGAAAGCUCAGGUUGUGUCGCUAAUUCAGAAGUAUUCCGGCAAACGAACGUGUGCCGUCGGAGAUGGUGGCAAUGAUGUCAGCAUGAUUCAGCAAGCCGACGCCGGUAUCGGCAUAGAGGGCCGAGAAGGCAAACAAGCCUCCCUGGCGGGAGACUUCAGUAUACCACAGUUUUCGCACAUUGCUAAACUGUUAAUCGUACAUGGUCGACGAUCGUACAAGCGAUCGGCCGCCCUGUCACAGUUUGUAAUUCAUCGUGGUUUGAUCAUAUCAACUAUGCAGGCCGUUUUCUCGGCUGUCUUCUACCUUUCUUCUGUGGCCUUAUAUCAAGGAUUCCUGAUGGUUGGUUAUGCGACAUUGUACACAAUGUUCCCGGUAUUUUCGCUAGUAUUGGAUCAGGACAUCAGCGCAAACAUAGCACUCACGUACCCCGAGCUGUACAAGGAACUGUCUAAGGGAAGGAGCUUGAGUUACAAGACAUUCUUCAUGUGGGUGCUGAUUAGUAUUUAUCAAGGAGGCGUAAUAAUGUACGGAGCGCUGAUUUUAUUCGAAGAUGAGUUCAUACACAUCGUUGCAAUCAGUUUUUCAGCACUGAUCUUGACCGAGCUGAUCAUGGUGGCGUUAACCAUCAGAACGUGGCACAAAUUGAUGGUACUGGCAGAACUCUUCAGUCUAGUGCUGUACAUAAUCUCAUUAGCUGUGUUACAUGAGUACUUUGACUGGGAGUUUAUCUGGUCGUGGGAAUUCCUGUGGAAGGUCCUAGUGAUAACGCUUGUCUCGUGUCUACCGUUAUAUAUUUUGAAAUUCCUGCGGAAAAAGUUCUCACCGCCGUCGUACUCUAAGCUGUCCUAAAGCUACCAAAGUAAGGAUUCUGCGUGGACUAACCAGAUCAGCAGAAUAUACGCUUCUGACACACAAAUCUCUCGCUCUCCAUUCGCACCAUCAAAAUACUGAUAAAAUAACGUACUAUUUGAGUGGGUUUCACUUUGGUUAUUUUUAUCCGUUUACCGAUAGUAGUUAUUUGAUGUUCCUUCAAUCACUCUACAGAUUCUAGUUUCACUCACUAGCUAAAAUCGUUGGCUUUGUGAAACAUAAGUUGUGUAUUUUUGUAUCUUCAGUAUAAUAUUAUUACGUUUGUUCGAUCGUUUGUGAUUUGUCUUUAAAACAAUAAUCGUGAUAUUUUAAAAUUAAUAUAUUAUUCCAUAACAUACUUAUUUUUGUUCUCUAAAUCACAAAUGACACCAGAGGUAUGCAUAAAAGUUUUACACAAUCAGUAUGCUGGGAUGCCGUGCGUAGAUCGAUCAGGGGAAGGUCAGAUUAGCUAAUCGUGAAACAAAUAAGUCGUUAGUAGAAUGUUUUACAUAUAUGACUGGCAUCGAUUAAUAUUAAUUCGUGUGACGAUGAAGAAAGCAUUUGAGUGGCAGAAAAGGCGGAUGAUGUGAACAACUCGGUAGUCGAGCAGCUAAAUCCGAACUUAUGAAUGUCAGAAAACAGACUACUGGUUACUAAAAUUUACUGAAAGAUAACAAUAAAAAACUUUUACGAAUCAAUUUACAAAAA